AUGGAGGAAGGAACAGUAAAAUUCUCCAGAAUAAACGAAAACACGGAGGAACGGAGGAGUCUCGAUGUUUUGCCAGAUGAACUGAUCUUGAAGAUAUUCUCACUCCUUCCGAUGUUUGAUGAGAGCCUUGCAACAAGUUUCAUAUCAAAACGGUGGGAAGAUUCUCAGAAAGCACUGGUCCCUGAUGUCACGCUUGAUGAUGAGAGGUUGGUGCUUUUAACGAGUUUUGUUUAUCCAUCUCUGUUGUCCAACGAUCCUCAAGCCCUAGAAAGAUUGCAUCUCAAGCUUUCUCGAAAAUAUUCGGCUUCAGACUUCAAUUUCUUGGUUCAAGUCGCUGUUAAUAGAUCCCUGAGAAAGCUGGUCAUCGACUUGUGUAGAGGAACCCUAGAACUGCCGAUUUGCCUGAGCACUUGCACAACCCUAAAAUCGUUGAUACUCAGUGAAGUAAGUAUCAAUGUUAUCCCGCGUGGGUUUUGUAUGCCAUCGCUCAAAAGUCUGCACCUUUUCGUGGUUACGUUCUCAGGGAACGAAUCUGUUGCAACCCUUUUGCGAACUUGCCCGGAUCUUGAAUAUUUGGUUCUAAACCAAACCACGGUCGAUUCGACUUGGGUUCGUUCUUCAUCGCUCAAAAGAGUGCUCUUUUUAUCUGUUGGACAGUGGGAGGAAUCUAAUAUAACUAGUCUUUUACGGAUUUGCCCGGUUCUUGAAUAUAUGGUUGUAGACCAAACCAAAUGCUACAAUUCGAUCUUCAGGGUUGCUCCGUCUACGCUUUUGUUGAAAUCACUCAAAAGUCUGCACCUUUUCUCGGUGAGAUUCUACAGCGGUGAAUCUGUUGAACGACUUUUAGGAAGUUGCAAGGCUCUUGAAGAUUUGGUUAUAAUACGAGCAACAUAUAAGGAUGUGAAGAUAUUCAAUAUCAACGUGCCUACUUUGAAGAGCUUGUCUAUUGAAAACUCAAGAGGGAAACGCGCCUACGUUAAGGAGAGUCAUGGGUUUGUGAUAAAGGCUCCUGCUUUGGAGACACUGAACUUUAAGGACACGUCCAGUAACUUUCUAAUAUUUGAAUACAUGCCUGAGGUGACCAAGGCGAGUAUUGAGGCUAUUUGCGACCAGUCUGAGAAGUUCAUAGGUUCUCUUACCUCAGUUCAACAUCUUUCUCUCUGUUGUGUAACCUCGGUAUCAGAGACUCCAUAUCCGAAAGGCAGUUUCUUCUUUUUCCUUGAACAUCUGGAGCUAUGUACAUGUUCUGCGGGAUGGGCGAAUCUACUUGCUUGUAUACUCAAUGAUGCUCCAAGACUUCAAUCUCUCAAGCUUAAGUCGAAACAUAGUGGUGUCCAUUACAAAUAUCCGAUGAAGCUCUGGAUCGAACCAACAGUUGUUCCCGAAUGUUUAUCGAAGCAUCUUGAGAACUUGGAAUGGAGAGAAUAUGAAGGCACAGAGGAAGAGAGGAAAGUGGCUGCGUACAUACUAGCAAACGCUACUUGUCUACACACGGUGACAUUCUCAGGAUGUAGAGGCAACUAUACGGAGUUGAAGGAAAUGCAGAGAGCUUCAGAGACAUGUCAGUUUGUGUUUGAGUAA